AGGCUGGGCCCUGCCAUGGGCCAGAAGGCAGGCGACCUUGGCUGGCGGCUUGGACUUUUGCUGCUCUCUUUGCUCCUGGCUCGAGCUGGUGUCUGGGGAUUUCCAAGGCCCCCAGGGAGGCACCCCCUGAGCCUGCAGGAGGAAUUCAAGGUCAGCCUGCAUCUUGCCAGGAAGCUGCUCUCUGAGGUUCGGGCCCAGGCCCACCGCUUUGCUGAAGCUCACCUGCCAGGAGUGAACCUGGACCUCCUGCCCCUGGGGGAACAGCUCCCCAAUGUUUCCCUGACCUUCCAGGCCUGGUGCAGCCUCUCUGACCCAGAGCGACUGUUCUUCCUUUCCAUGACUCUUCGCCCCUUCCAAGCCCUGUUGGGAGGGCUGGGAAGCCAGGGGAGCUGGGCCAGCUCAGAGAAGAUGCAGCUGUGGGCCAUGAGGCUGGAUCUCCGAGAUUUGCAGCGGCAUCUUCGCUUCCAGGUGCUGACUGCAGGAUUCCAGUUCCCGGAGGUGGAGGAGGAGGAGGAGGGGGCGGGGCUGCUCCUGGGGACGCGGGGCGGCCCCUCACAGGGGUCAGCCCCUGUGUCCUGGCCCCAGCUCCUCUACACCUACCAGUCGCUGCACUCCCUGGAGCUUGUCUUGUCUCGGGCCGUGCGGGACUUGCUGCUGCUCUCCCAGGCUAAGAACCCACUCCAAGCCUUGGGGUGUCCAACACUGGCUGGCUCCCAGCCCUGA